AAAAAUCCGUUUCACCUGGGUUUUUCUUUCUUUUUUGAGCUCCAUUCAAAUCUAAAUGAAUUUGUUGGAUGGAGUGCUUUGCUCAGUGGGAGAGACACAGAAAAAAUAUGUCUACAAACAAGUAAAGUGUUGUCUGCUUUAGGAACAGAAACUCUCAGACCUAGUUCUGCUGCACUGUGUGUAGCUUAUAUUGCUGUUGUUGAGUUACCUCGUGGGGAGUGGCCAGAUCUCAUUUUAUUACUUACCCAGAAUAUGACUAACAUAAACUCUACUGAAAUGACCAAAGAGGCCACACUAGAAGCAAUAGAAUACAUCUGUCAGGAUAUAGAACCAAAUGUUCUUGUUUCACUGUCAAAUGAUAUCCUGACUUUUCAUGGGAUUAGAAAAGAUGAACGUAAUGAUCAUGUUGAGCUUGCCGCAACCACUGCACUUCUAAACUCGGCCAACUUUGAGAAAGAAUCUGAGAGGCAUGUGUGCAUGCAGGGAGUGUGUAAAAAUGCUCUGUCUGCUGGUAAAAAAAUCUGUUAUAAUGUGGAAAUGCAAAAGUUACUGAAAUUCCUUAAAACUGUAAAAAGAGACUUUUACUACCAGCAAGUUCUCUUGGAUUUGUAUCAUCAAAUGAAAAUCUUUAUGAAUAGCAACGGUUACGCCUCUAAAGGCUUACCUGAUUUAGAACACCUGAUAAAGCUAAGAAGCAUCCGUGAUGUUAUACAUUCUAGUAAAAUAGAACAAUGGAAAAAAUUAUUCAAUUACAUUAAAUCUAAUGAUCUUUCUGAAUUUGUUAAACCUUUAAAGGAACUAAUCGAAGAAUAUGAAGAAUUUAAGAAAUUUCCUUCAUAUACAGCCAAGGUUGGAUAUAUUCUAGAUAAAAUUUUUUUAAUAGGGCAAAAUUGCAGAGACUACACAUUGGAAGAAAAAAGAGAAAUUGCUGCCUUAAUUGUUCCCUGCCUUCAACCGUUAAAAGUAUGCAUUAAAUCAAUUUAUAGAACACCAAGAACAAGACUCGACUGCUAUAUUCGGCAAAGAAGGUCGGCUUUACAAUUUAUAGCUGAGGAAUACUCUCGGUUUCCUCUAGAUGGAAAAAUUUUAGCAAACGAUUUGGAGAAAGUAAGCCUAAAAGAAUCCAUUGAAAUACUAGAUAACCUAAUCGAAGAGUAUCGUGAUUUAUCAUCAGAAGAUUCAGAUACCGACUUGGAAGAAGCAGGUUCAACUCUAAUGCCACGCAGUCAUUCAUGGUGGACCAAAUAAGUUAUAGUUCAUGAUUUUUUUUUUUUU